ACCAGUAAUGAGAACAAAAAUGUACAUUAAAACAGCAACAUUUUUGCUGUGCGUUUUUCUUGGUAGUGUAUCGUCAUGUUGCGUUAAUGGGCGGUACUACCCGAGGUACCAUUUGUCGCCACCGCAUGGCUGGAUGAACGACCCCAACGGAUUCUGCUACUUCAAAGGUGAAUACCAUAUGUUUUACCAGUACAAUCCCAUGUCAAGUUUGGAUGCUGGCAUAGCUCAUUGGGGUCAUGCGAAAAGUAAAGAUUUGUGCCAUUGGAAACACUUAGACCUCGCCAUCUAUCCUGACCAGUGGUACGAUCAAACGGGAGCAUUUUCUGGAAGCGCGCUAGUAGAGAAUGACGUCAUGUACAUUUAUUAUACUGGAAAUGUAAAUCUUACUGAUGAAAUGCCAUUUGAGGGACAAUUCCAAGCUCUUGGUGUCAGCACUGACGGUGUCUACGUAGAGAAGUAUAAAGACAAUCCAAUAAUGUACACGCCGAACCAUCAACCUCACAUCCGAGACCCAAAAGUUUGGGAACACGACGGCUCUUAUUAUAUGGUUUUAGGAAACGCAUAUGAUGAUUAUACAAACGGACAAAUAGUUAUGUACGAAUCGUCAGACAAGAUCAACUGGCAAGAAGUAACGAUAUUAUAUAAAUCUAACGGAUCUUUCGGUUACAUGUGGGAGUGUCCAGAUUUAUUUGAAAUAGACGGCAAGUUUGUACUUCUGUUCUCUCCACAAGGUGUAAAGUCUGUUGGCGAUAUGUACCAGAACCUAUAUCAAGCAGGAUACAUCGUCGGAGAAUUCAAUUACGAUACUCAUUCAUUCACAGUACUAACCGAAUUCAGAGAAUUAGAUCACGGUCAUGAUUUUUACGCUACACAAACAAUGAAAGAUCCUAGUGGAAGAAGAAUAGUCGUUGCUUGGGCAAGUACUUGGGAGUAUGCUUAUCCUGAACGAGCAGAUGGUUGGGCUGGCAUGCUCACACUACCUAGAACUUUAAGUUUGACAAAAGAUUUAAAACUAAUCCAAACUCCAAUUAGAGAGAUCGAUCAAGUUUUUAGAAGAAGACUAUAUUCAGGAAAAGCCUCAGCAGGCAAAACUGUCGCUUUACCAGACAAAGCAGGGAAAGUAGAACUGAAAUGGGAUACACCAAGAAAUAUAAAGGUAGUUAUAGAAUCUCAAAAUGAGUGCCAAAACGUAGUAAUCAGUUAUGAUCACGAGGAUGGUACUAUUACUUUGGACAGAGGAGGCGAUGACGCAAUCCGCCGCACUCACUGGGAUCCUCGAGGUCACCUCAAAUGGACCAUUUUUAUUGACGCAAGCUCCAUAGAACUCUCUUGUGGUGAUGGAGAAGUAUGGUUUACAAGCAGAUUUUUCCCUGAAGGAGUCGUAUCUGUUCGCCUUGGAGAAGAUACUUGUGUUGAUAAGUUUACCGUGCAUUCUAUUCGCCGUACUACUCCAGACCCCGAGGCUCAUUGUCGUUGUGAAUCAGAAGAAUAAUUGUCUUGCUAAAGUAAUAGUUAUUGUUUCACAUUAUGUUCAAAUAAAAAAGUAAUUAUUUAAGUGUCUUGUAAAUCUGCGAAUAAAUAUACUUAAUGUAUAAAAA